AUGGACAAUUUGAGAAGAAAAGAACUACAUGAAUUGAAUACUAGAGCAUGGGCUGGUGAGGAAGUCUAUCAAUUGAAAAGCCAGAAAUUGGACUCCAGUAUAAAAAGAAAUACCGGGUUUAUUAAAAAACUGAAGAAAGGGUUUGUCAAAGAAUCUACUCCAUCUUUAUUGAAAGAACUAUCAGAACUUUCGCUUGAAAAAUAUCUAUCAGAAGUUAUUGCUACAGUAAACGAAGUUUUAUAUUCCAUUUCCAAUAAAAAUGAUGACAUCAUUUCUGCUGUAGAAAUAAUAAGUGCGCUACAUCAAAGAUUCAAUCAAAGAUUUACUUGUGAGUUAUUUCAAUUGUUUUUGAAUAAUUUUGAAAACCCAACGAUUGAAAAAAGCACUGAAAAAGAAGAAUUACUGAGGAUUACUAGGCUUAAGGCAAAAACUAACAUAUUAACAGAACUAUAUCUUGUUGGUGUCUUUACGUCAUUAGAGAACACUAACUCGAAAGAUGCCUUGCCUGCCUAUUUACAAAGGAAAGUCCGUAGAAAAGAGCCUAUUAUAUUUAGUGUUUUAAAGGAAAAUUUGAACUAUAGAUUCAAGCUGGGAUAUACCACUAUACUAGCAACAUCAUUUAUUAAACGAUAUCCUAUGUUGAUAGAAAAUGAAGAUACGCCGUUGGACGAUAUUAUCUACGAUACAACAUUAAAGGCUUCCCUUCAGACCUUAUUUAAAGUCUUUUCAGAAGCAGUUUUCACAAGAACAAAAGAUUUAAAUAAACAAAUCAAUAAAUUAACCAAAGCACAUCAAAAAUGUCAAAUACGAACAGGUAAAUCUACGGAUGAAUAUAGUGAAGAACGUGAUGGUUUAGUUCCGAUUUUUGACAGAUUUAAAAUUGCAUCUGAUACUUUUGCUGAGUUCUUCAAAAUUGAACCUCUAAACUUGGAGAAUGUUAAUGACGUAAAUGAAUCUUUAGAUGAAGCUAACACGGCACCUAUUGUGGCCAACGCUGGUUCAUCGAUUGCCGAAAAACUAUGGGAAAACGAAGAAGUUCGAAAGUUUUAUGAAGUGUUACCAAGUAUCGAUGAAAUUGUAGAACAGUCAAAGAAAGAAAAUAAAAUCGGAACUGCAGACCAAAUUAACUCCUUUUUCCAUAGCUUGGAUAAAAUUGACACAAAAGAAGAAAUUGAUCAAAUAUCUAUAGACUAUUGGACGAGUGGGAUUGAUAACAAAGCGACAAGAAAUAGAUUAUUAAAAUUUUUCAUUGAAACUCAAGAUUGGAGUAAGAUUAAAGUAUACGCUCGUUUCUUGGCAACUACAAAUAAAUAUCUACCUGAAGUAACAGAAGAAUUUAUCAAAUAUUUGGAUAAUGGUUUUCGGAGUCAGUUACAUUCAAAUAGAAUUAACGUUAAAAAUAUCAUUUUCUAUAGCGAAAUGAUGAAAUUCAUGUUAAUCCCAUCAUUUAUGAUAUUCCAUAAAAUUCGAUCUUUAAUCUUAAAUAUGCUUAUUCCCAAUAAUAUCGAAAUUUUAACAGUGUUUUUGGAACAUUCUGGUAAGUUCUUAAUUAACAAGCCUGAACUGAAACCACAAAUGGAAAAGAUGGUACAAUUAAUCCAAGAGAAGAAAAGGGAUAGACAAUUGAAUUUAAACACCAAGAGUGCUUUGGAAAAUAUUAUGGCAUUACUUUAUCCACCAUCAAUGAAAUCAUUAAAUGUUGACAAAAAGGAGUAUACACCGGAGCAGCAAUUCUUCCGUAUCCUAAUUAGAAGUGAAUUAUCAAACAUUGAUCCAAGGUAUGCAAUUAAGAUACUUCGAAAGGCGCACUGGGAAAAUCCAGAAACAACUAGGACUUUAUUUUCUUUAUUUACCAAACCAGGGAAGAUAAAUUAUCAAAAUUUGCCGACAAUGGCCAAAUUAUUGAAUGGGUUAUUUACCUACCAUAGAGAAUUUAUUAUAAAAUGUAUUGAUCAGAUCUUAGAGAAUAUCGAAGGUGGAUUAGAGACGAAUCUUUAUGCUGAAAAUAGACAUAGAGUAGCAAAUGUGAAAUAUCUAACGGAAAUUUUUAAUAUGGAAAUGAUUAAAUCUGAUGUUUUAUUAGCCAAAUUAUAUCAAAUUUUACAAUUUGGGCAUCAAAAUGGUCAACCCAAUCCUUUCUCCUUGAAUGAGUUGGACCCUCCAGAUAAUUAUUUUAGAAUCCAAUUAACAACUACUGCACUGCUAAGUCUGAAAAGGUUCCCAAGUACUUUGCUUAAGAAAUUGAAGAUAUUUCUACCAUUUUUUGAUUAUUACAUUUUCACGAAAAAUCAACCACUACCUAAGGAAGUCGAAUUUAGAAUCAUUGAAUCCCUUGAUAAUUUGGAUACCUUAGGUAAGAUCAAGUUCAACAGAUCAGGGUCUCUAUAUGAAAGUGCUCAAAAGUUAGGAACUCUCGUGAGAAAAGUAACACCAGGAACUAAAAAUAACAAGAAAGAGACAUCGGUGAGGGGUGAUUCUAUGGUCCAAGUUUUUAAGAAUGCCAGAUUGCAAAAUAUGUCCGAGGAUAAGGAUACUGGAGAAAGUGCAGGUGAUUCUGAAGAAGAGGAAGAAGAAAAUGAUGAAGGUAUUGAAUUUCCUGAUGAUUCUGACGACGAAGCUACUUUGAACAUUAACGAUGAUGAGGAUACAGAGAGGGUAAGAGAUCUUCACGGUGGUUCAGAAGGAGAAGAGAGCGGGGAGAAUGAUUCAAGCUCAGAAUCUAAUGACACAGACGACGACAACGACGACAGUGAUGACGGAAGCAAUGAAGAUGAAAGUGAUAAAGAAGAAGAUUUUAGAGAUAUCGAUGCAGAUAGAAAUGCAGAAUUGAAGAGAAUGUAUGGAGAAUAUAAGAAAAAAUUGAAAGCAGAAGAGGAAAGAAAAGUUGAAGAUGAAUUGGAGAAACAAUUUAAACAAAUUUUACAAGAAUCAAUGGAAACGCGGAAAACUGAAAAGAGUUCAGGAGGGAAAAUUCCAAUGAUCGGAAAUAUUCCUAAUAAACAAGAUAUCAUACCAAUUGCUACGAAGGAUAAUGACAUUGCAAGACAACCAGCAUAUGUUUCUGAGAAACCGAAUAAAGUAAAGUUUACAUUCUUGGCAAGAUCAGGUAAAAAGACCCAAUCAAGACAAUUGGAGCUGCCAACCAAUAUUAAGUUUGUUUCUGAUGUCCUCGAGGAAGAGGAAAGAUUAAAGUCAGAAAGAGAAAAAAUUAGGAAAAUUGUUUUACAACGUUCGUUUGAUUAA